AUGGCAUCGGACGAUCGUCACAAUAUGUCCCCUCAGCGGGGCGUAUCCCCCAACCCCGACCCAGCUCUGGACUACGCCAACGAGCAUAUCCACCAACACCUGCAUCACGACCCUCGUGCGGUGUCGAAAGAUGAAAAUGUGAUGUAUACCACAGGAACGACGGUGGACAAGUCGGCUAUCCCCGACCCGAGCCCUCUGGAGCAUGAUUUGCACAAGCGACAUCCUAUCGAGCGGACUCUCGGCGAGAAAGCGGCGGCCGAAAAGAAUGGCGGCGUGGCAUAUGAUGCCGAGAAGGGCGAAUAUGAAGGACAGGAGCCCGCUUCUGAGACCGAAGAAGAGCGGAAGAAGAGUUUAUUUGCUCUGUAUUAUGCCAAGUACCGAUUCGUCGCUCAUAUCGCUGUCUUCGUCGUGUUCACCGGCUGGUGGAUAGCAGGUCUCGUCCUUCACCGGAAGGAUAAGAAUUGGCUCAUCCCCUUCCUUCUGUGGCUCGCCAUCUCGCUCCGUCUGCUCUUCUUCUAUAUCCCCAGCACGAUCAUUUCGAAGCCGAUGCACCUCAUCUGGAACAACACGGGUGUCCGAUUUGCGGAUCUGAUUCCAAAGAAAUUCCAGAUCCCUCUCGGUGCGCUUUUGGUCAUUGCCGUGAUCCUUGUCGGUUCUUUCGCCUCUGAGGAAACCGAAGACAAUACGCGAGAAAACAGGGCCGUCAGCUUGUUCGGUCUGGUUGUGAUCAUCUUCGGUCUCUGGCUCACCAGCCGAAAUCGAAAGGCCAUCAAAUGGCACACCGUGAUCGUGGGUAUGCUGAUGCAGUUCAUCAUCGCCCUAUUCGUCCUCCGAACUCAGGCCGGUUACGAUAUCUUCGAUUUCAUCUCCACCUUGGCUCGCGAGCUCCUUGGAUUUGCCGAAAAAGGUGUCGAAUUCUUGACAGACGAUACUGUCCCUCCGUUGCACUGGUUCAUCAGCGGUGUGCUUCCUGCUAUCAUCUUCUUCGUCUCGAUUGUACAGGUCCUCUACUACCUCGGUAUUCUGCAGUGGUUCAUCGGUAAAUUUGCCGUGUUCUUCUUUUGGAGUAUGCGCGUCUCUGGAGCCGAAGCCGUCGUUGCGGCCGCCUCCCCCUUCAUCGGACAGGGUGAAUCCGCCAUGUUGGUAAAGCCGUUCGUUGCGCACAUGACGGUGGCAGAAAUCCAUCAAAUCAUGACGUCUGGUUUCGCCACGAUUGCUGGUUCCGUGCUCGUCGCAUAUAUUUCGAUGGGUGUCUCCCCUCAGGCCUUGAUCUCCAGCUGCGUCAUGUCGAUUCCGGCAUCGCUAGCCACCUCGAAGCUACGAUAUCCGGAAGAGGAGGAGUCCUUGACCGCUGGGCGGGUAGUUAUUCCCGACGACGACGAGCACAAAGCUGCGAACGUCCUUCACUCGUUUGCCAACGGUGCUUGGCUAGGUUUGAAGAUCGCAGGCAUGAUUCUGUGCACGAUUCUUUGCAUCAUUGCCCUCAUUGGCUUGAUCGAUGGUCUCUUAACCUGGUGGGGCCGUUAUUUGAGCAUCCACGACCCAGACCUGACUCUGGAACUCAUCCUCGGAUACCUUUGCUAUCCGGUUGCUUUCCUGAUGGGCGUCCCGCGAGGUGAUUUACUCCGAGUCGGGGAACUGGUCGGUGUCAAGAUCGUCGCUAACGAGUUCGUCGCCUACGCCCGCCUCGUCGACCCCGAGAAAUACCCGCAAUAUGCUGCGAUGGCCGUCCGCUCUAAACUCAUUGCGACAUACGCUCUGUGCGGAUUCGGUAACAUCGGGUCUUUGGGUAUUCAGAUCGGUGUGCUCUCUCAAAUCUCCCCUAGCCGAAGCGGUGAUGUCAGCCGAGUUGCGGUCAGCUCGCUCAUCACUGGUGUUCUCAGCACUCUGAGCUCCGCAACCAUCGCUGGGCUUCUCAUUACAGACCAAGGGAAGUUCAUCAGUGUCUAGGUCUUGUGACCACCGGUGGCUCGUUCAGUAAUGUAUUGGUAGCUUGAGUAGCAAAUGAACGAUCCUUCUUUUCAUCUCAUUCGAGCAUAAAACGCGUUGAAUGAAUGAAAUAAUAGCACCGCAGGGCAACCUGUGAAUUGGAAUCUUGAGAG